CAGCAUCCACCUCCUUUCCUGUUUGCUGAACACCUCAAAACAAAUCUCAACCCAUUCACUCACCACCAACAAACCCACAAGAACACACCACCAAAAACCACACCCAACCCAACCCCCCUCUUCAAAAAAAAAUGUCCGCCUCCGUAAAAACCACCUACCGCGCCCUCCUCCGCGAACUGCCCCGACGCAGCCUGAACACACCGACCCCGCUGCACGCGAGCAUCCGCAAACUCUACGAAGAGCAGGUGGUGUCUGCACCGAAGAUCAGAACAAGUGGGGGCAGCGCUGCCGCCGCCGCCGCCGACGCCGCGCAGGACACGCUCGCCCACCGCCUGCAAGAGGCGGAGCAGUUCGCGCAGUACGCCCGCGCGCAGCGGCAGUACGCCGAGCUGGUGGAGCGGUAUAACCCUGGCAGCUGGUUGGAUGAGGAGGAGCGGAUUCGGUUGACGGCGAGGCGGGUGGGGUUGGAUUUGCCGGUUGAGGGGAAGGGGGCUGAGGAGUGAUUUCGGUGUCUUUUUGUCAA